GCCUUUAGUAUAAAAAAGAAAUUUGCAAAGCCAAAUGCAUCAGUUGUAAAGAGUUUUUGCCAUGGUGCGACAAUUGAUUCUCGUCCUUUCGCUGAUUCUUUUCGUCGGCAGCUCACAUGCCACCGUUGUCCUCAGUGAGUUGGCCCGCCAGGGCGAAUCGGCACUCCAGGGCUUGGCAGACAUCAAGCUAGCACCAUUGAGGUACUUGGAUGCUCUCAUAGGGACUAAUCCCGGCGGAUUAGGUUUUUACGGCGGAGCUGGAGGAGCUGUAUCAGCGGCUGCAGCUUUGCAAGCGGCACACCAACUGGGUCUUGGAGGUAAACUUGGACUCGGGCCAACAAUCACAACUGUCGGCCAAGGAGAUGACUUGUUAACCAUCAUAAAAAAUGCAGGGCCAUUUAAUCCACUAGGAAUUCCUACACAUCCUUCUCCUCAUUGGCCUAGGCCUCCAUUAGGGCAUCCCAAUUUCCCAGGAUUCCCAGGUGGGCCUUUCCGUCCCGGUGGUCAGGGUGGUCCGGGCGGUCCAAGUGGUCCUGGUGGUCCUGGCGGUCCUUUCGGUCCUGGCGGUCCUUUUGGUCCAGGUGGUCCUGGUAGUCCUAGUGGUCCUGGUGGCCCUAGUGGUCCUGGUGGACCACCACCACGCUUUCUCCAAAUACCAGGACUCCCAGGAAUAAAAAUUCCACUUCCUACAAUAUCCUUUAACCCUGGAAGUCCGAUGGGACCAGGUUCAGGUCCUGGUUCAGGUCCUAGCCCUAGGCCAGGGCAUGGCAUUUCAGCAAGCAUAGGACCCUUCCGUUAUGGUGGAUUAUUCGGAACUGGCUUAUUUGGAGAAAAGGGCCUCUUUGGUACUGGCAUCCUUCCUGCAUGGAUUCUGGACCCUCUCGGUAUCUUCACCCCACUCGGAAACCUGUUCGGAGGCCUGGGAAGCUUGUUCGGAUUGAGAUCAAACCUGGAGGUACAUCGCACUGGUCUUUUAGACCGAAACGUACAGGGUACAAUCUCAUUGGAUCUCGGCGGUUCUAUACCAACACCAAAAACAUUUUUGAGACAUCUUAUAUCACCUGUUAUAAACAUGUUGGGUUAGAACAACGAAAAGGAUAAUGCAAUGGAAAAACGGACCCGACGCCUAACCGCUUAGGUUUAAUUUUUGUAGUGCUAAGAAACGACAACUGUAGGGGUAAAAUUAACAUUUGUCUUGGCCAAGCUUUGUAGCUAUAAUACCAAUCAAUAAAAUUAAGCAGCAUUCCAA